GUGGUGAAGUACCUCGCAGGCUGUGGGCUUCAGAGCUGUCCCCAGCUCCUGGCUAAGGGUUACCCUGACAUUGGCUGGAACCCCUGUGGCGGGGAGAAAUACCUGGACUUCCUCCGCUUCGCUGUCUUCGUCAAUGGUCUGUGUUCGUUGGCUUCAUGUAAUAGAAUACACUGCUGUUGGUAUUAUGUAUUUCUGUUUGUCUUUCAUCACUGAGCGUGGUUUGGCUCCAUGUCCCCCCGUAGGAGAGAGCGUAGAGGAGAAUGCCAAUGUGGUGGUGCGUCUUCUGAUCCGUCGGCCAGAGUGUUUUGGGCCGGCCCUGAGAGGAGAGGGUGGGAACGGCCUGCUGGCUGCUAUAGAGGAGGCCAUCAAGAUCUCUGAGGAUCCUGCCAGGGACGGCCCCACUGUCAAGAAAGACAGACGCUUCCCCGGCAUGUAAGAGCCAAACCACUUAGGGACUCUGCUGAUCGACUAUCUAGUCUUAACUGGUGUAGUAUAUUAGAACAUGUUCUCAUUUGAAAGGUUUUGGGCCUACAUUAAUAUGAGUUCUUCCUUUCUCCUGGUAGGUUCCCUGGUGGGGAGGAGCAGCAUGAGGAGAACAAGGUUCACCUGGGGAAUGCCAUCAUGUCCUUCUACUCAGCUCUCAUUGACUUGCUGGGACGCUGCGCUCCAGAGAUGCAUGUGAGUACUGAGUGUUGGAAAACCUUAAAGAGAGAAGCCAAGGCUUAUGGAAUGGAACUAGCUAGCUGCUGUGUUUCAGUCUAAGACGUUGCUAUUUGUUCUUCGUCCCCCAGUUGAUCCAGGCUGGGAAGGGUGAGGCACUGAGGAUCAGGGCCAUCCUGAGGUCCCUGGUGCCCAUAGAGGACCUGGUGGGAGUCAUCAGCCUGUCUGUUCAGAUCCCAGACUUUGGAAAGGGUGAGCCACAGGGGAAACCAUUUGGAUUCAAUUAACUCUGUUGUGUUGGCUCAAGGACAGUGAGUUUUGACGUCUUUGAUGAUGAAACAGAACUAAAAAUGGUUUUAGUUUAGUUUGAUCGUAAUAUGUUGCAUAUUAUAUCUCUAAUUAGUCAAGUGUUAAUAUGAUGUGAGUCCUAGCAUUAUUCUCCUCUUCAACUUCCCUCUGUCUUCUGUGAUGUCUAGAUAACAGCAUCAUUGAACCCAAGAUGUCUUCCAGUUUUGUGCCGGACCACAAGGCUCCCAUGGUGCUGUUCCUUGACAGAGUGUAUGGUAUUGACAACCAGGACUUCCUGCUCCAUGUGCUGGAGGUGGGCUUCCUGCCUGACAUGAGGGCAGCUGCUUCUCUGGACACGGUGAGUCAGCCUCUCUCGAUCUCACUGCUCAUAUACAUUACAUGAGGCAAUAACCUUCUCUUAUGUAGGAGUGAGACACUAAGCAUAUAUUGACUGUAAACAGAACUAACAAAAUGUGCUUAGGGCCCCCAAAAUGCUAGGGCCGGCUCUUACUGCAUGUGUGGGUAUGCAUGUGGCAGACCCGCAAUUUUUUUGUGGCCCCCACGCCUGUCAAAGUUGCCCAUCCCUGGUUUAAAUUGAUCUCUCCCAACUAGGCGGCUUUCUGCACCACAGAAAUGGCCCUGGCUCUGAACCGCUACCUCUCUCUAGCCGUGCUGCCCCUCAUCACCAAGUGUGCCUUCCUGUUCGCGGGCACAGACCACCGGGCCAUCAUGAUCGACUCCAUGCUGCACACCAUCUACCGUCUGUCCCGCGGACGAGCCUUCACUAAGGCCCAGAGAGAUGUCAUUGAGGAGUGUCUCAUGGCUUUGUGCAAGUGAGUUGGACUUACUAUGAGCUGUUAUCUAAAGUCUGUCUUUCUGCAUUGUGUCAGUAGAAUUGUCUCUAUCUCCUCUCUAAGUUAAUGUUAAUGACUCCUGGACAUGACAUGUUCUCUUCCCUAAACUGUUUGUACAGUAAACUUUUAGUGAGGUGUUUAACCAUGCUUGAUAAAUGUAUUGUACAUGCGCUUAUUUAUUUGCAUCUAUUUCUUAGAAAUCUACGGCCAUCCAUGUUACAACACCUGUUGAGAAGGCUGGUAUUUGAUGUACCAAUUCUCAAUGAAUAUGCCAAAAUGCCACUUAAGGUAUGGACAUGAUUUAAACGGUCAUUAGACAAUCAAACCUUUAUAGAAACAAAACAAAGGAAUGAACAUAGCCGUAUCAAGAUAAAUGUACUUAUCAUCCAGAUGUUAGGAUGCAUGAUUUCACUGAUUUCAUAAUGUUUUUUUGUUGGCUGCAGCUUUUGACCAAUCACUAUGAGCGUUGUUGGAAGUACUAUUGCCUGCCCAACGGCUGGGGCAACUUUGGACUGUCAUCAGAGGAGGAGCUGCAUCUCACCCGCAAACUCUUCUGGGGCAUCUUUGAGUCCUUGGCCCACAAGGUUACACUUUUACACUGAUCGAUCAGAGAAACCUUAGUCACCAGGAAAUGUUUGGCUCCAAUAAUAAAAAAUAAAAAAUAAACGUUGAUAGAUCAUUGUAGUAAUAUUUCACUAUGUCCUCUGUUUCUGGUUUCAGAAAUUUGACGCUGAGCUGUUCAAAAUUGCCAUGCCAUGCAUAUGUGCCAUUGCUGGGGCCAUCCCUCCAGAUUAUGUAGAUGCCAGCUACUCCUCCAAGACUGAGAAGAAAGCCUUGGUGGAUGCAGAGGGAAACUUUGAUCCCAAACCAGUGGAGACCACAAAGUGA